AUGUCGCGCGCGGAUUUCGAUGAGCGGUGGGUUCUUCUGCUCUCCUUCCAGCGAGUUUUGGAGGAACUUGAGGACGAGAAUGGAGAGACGCAGGCCCGGCGCGAGCCGCCUGAAUUGUUUGCGGCUUCGCGUGGAACUUCGCCGGCAUACCUGAAGGGGAGAAAACAAAAUGGCGACGCGCACUCGAGCAGGGAGAAAAAGCUCGAGGAAGGCGAGACUGCGCGGCAUGGAGUUGAGCAUGGAGAAGAACGAGGCGAGAGAGAAGACGGCGGAGGUGAGGAAGGAGCCGCAAGAGGAGACGAGACCGAUGACGAGAGGAGCUCUCAGGAGCGCAGCAGCGGGGUCUACCUCGAGCAGCUUCGCGCGUUCUGUGACAGCCUCGGUUGCUGCUUUUCCAUCGAUGAGCUGGAGUUGUGUCUGGCGACUGCGUUGCCUCCUACGCGUUGUCGUGACUCGAUCGCUUCUUCGCCGCGUCCUGCGCACGCGACGUCUUUCGCUGACCGCCCGCGCUGUCAUUCCUCGGCGCCUACAGCAACGGCGUCGUUCCUGCCUUCUUGCCUACCUUCUGCGCAUGCGCCCGCCGAUACGCGGCAGAAUGUCUGUCGACACCGCCACAGUCUUUUCUCUGCUUUCCCGCCCUCAACGCUGCGGGACUCUCGCACGCCGGCGCUUUUUCGCCUCCUUUCGCGACUUUCGCCCGCCGUUCUGCGCACCCGCUUUCUUUCGCUAUCGAGUCUUCUCCGCCAGCACGCGAACUCGCUCUGCUUCAGCACGCAGGGCGCCGCGAUCCCCUGUCGUUCCUCUCUUCUGCAUUCGCUCGACUCCGCGCUUCCUGCGGGGCUUGCAGCGGCACACGAGAAUGCGGCGAAACUCCACGGCAGCAGUGAAGCGCGCGAGAGUCCUGCGUGCAGGCUUGGUGGAGAGAGAGCGAGCGCAGAGCUAGAUCAAGGCGGACAGCCAGGCAAAAAAUCGUUGACAGCACACCGGCGAAACGCAGCGGAGACAAGGGGCGAGGCGGGCACCCCCGGCGCGAGGGCCUGCAGCGACUCAGCGCGAGUCAGCGCGAGCGGCGGGAACGCUGGAAACAGUGAGGCACCAGGGUUGGAGGGCGAGCGACAGCCACAACGACUUCAAGAAGAGGUGGUUCGGGUAGGAGGCGGCGGAGGCAGCCUUCCGCCUUCGCCGGAGAAGAAUGGACUCAACGAGAAGGUGAUCUCAGUUUCUCAGGUGCCGGAGGCCCGCGCCGACGUUGCCACAGGGGACGGCUGUAGCUGCAAGAGCCCGCUGGACGUAUCGGACAACACAGACGACGAGCAAGAGCUCUCGCCUCUGCGGCGGGGUGCUGUGCGAGGCGCCGGCGUGCCCUCCCGGGUUUUAGAAGGUCGCGGUCACUCGGUCCUCGUAGGAGCCGUUUUGCUCUUCAAUUGCGAAGAAGUCUUCUUCUGCGAACCGCGGAUCUUGUCGCUCUUCACUCGGGACCACUGGAGAGGCAUGAGGCCUCCUGAACGCCACGAGCGGCCUUCGGCAUCUCCCGCGGCGCUUUCGCUCUCGUCGCCUUCACCCUCGCGGCCUGCGGAGGCUACGAGGCCUCGCGCGAGGGCAGGGCCAGGCUUGGAGAGAGUUUCAGAAGUCGAGGCGGAGGGACGGCACCAAGCCAGCGAGAAGGCCGCUGCGGAGGGGAUGCAGAGGCCGAACUGUUUGAAGUGUCGGUGCAGCGCUGCUCGGUUUUUGGGCGCUUCGCAUCGAGCCGCUUCGCAAUCGGGAGUCUUAUGCAGGCCGGCGUCGACGAGGGCAGCGGUGAAGGACCUGAGAGGCGACGGAGGGGCGCUGGCGAGCUCGCUGAGGCGUCGCUUCGUCGAAAAUGCCGAAGCUGAAGAGCGAAUCACGUUCUGCCUGCGCCUUCGCCGGUUGUGUGAGGGGGGAGGGAACGGGGCGCAAGGCAGCGCCAGAGCCUGCAGACGCCGAGACGGAGGUGGCGAGCGGCGGUGCCUUGCAGAGAGAGCGAACGACGAGAGGGCCUGCGGGAGCGAGAGAGAAGACGACGCAGCGAGCGACAGAGGCCCGCCAGCCAAGGAGACGGAGAGGCUGGAGAGGGGAUUCGAACGAGAGGCGGGCGAAAAGGCAACGUGCGAGCAGGGAGAAGGAAACGCCGCGCAAGCAGGCGUCGGCGUGCUGCAAAAAGGCGCCGCCCAUGAACAGGAGGAAGGACGGGCAGAGGAAGGCGGAGGACUCGGGGAAACUGCGAGAAAGAAGACAGGAGCUGGACACUGCGAAGCGGGCGCGCGGCGGGAAAACAAAGUGACUGAAAUCAGAGGCCGCAGUGAAGAGCGACUGCGCACGCAAGGCGUCGUCGACGUCUGCCGUGUGGGAGCGCGAAGGGAAGGUGCAUGCUGCAGGACCUUGGAAAAAGUCAUCCCGUGCGCGAUUCGCGUUCGACAGGGCCUGUUGCAGCUCGACGCGUCGUCCUGCGUGCUCUUCCCUCUCCAGGCAGCCGCAGUCGCCUGCGAGCCAGAGAUAGGUCUCCCGCGGGCGAGGGAAAACAGCAGACCAACUGUGAGAGAGCCUCGCGGCGCAGAAUCAUGCGACACCGCGACGCGCUCGCAGGGCGAGGAACAGGGCAACCUCUCCCAAUGGACGUUUCCCAACGCAGAGGGAGGCCACGCGCGUGUGGCUGCUUCGUCGUCUCUUGGCCGUUCCUCGUCGCCUGCAAACAGUGCUCUUCCUUCGAACUCGUCGCCGUCCUCUUCGCCUCGCCUGGGCGCUGCGGCUUCGCUUCAUUCUGCCUCAACUGCUUUCUCUUCCCCUCCGCCGGCGUCUUCUAGGCGCCUCACCUCGUCCGCAGCCUCGCGCCGUUUUUCACUGCUCUCUGCUCCAGAUGCUUCAGUCGCGGCGCCUCGCCCUGCGUUCGCCUCGAUUGGCGGCGCCUGCCGCGCGUCUCCGCGUUGGUCCGUGUGCGGCGAAGUCGCUUACGUGAGCCCUCUCCUCCAGUGGCGCGCGGAUGCCUGCGUCUCCGCGUCUCAGUUGGAACCUCUUGGCAGGAAACCUGCAGGCGGCAACCGCGGCGAAGGAGGCCGGCGCUCUUGUCACGCCGAGUGCCGCGAAGCGACGGAGGUGCAUCGCCGAGGGAGCCGCGCCGAGAGCCCAGAGGCGCGCAGGCAUCACAAUGGAAAGGGAGAAGGUCUGCCGCGCCGAGAGAGCGGGGAGCACGCCGGCACAGCUCCGCCCGCCUGUGAGAAGGAGCAAGAAAAAAACGCGCUCGACGCAGCAGCUGACGGGUCUGACGGCGCCCAGAGAGGGAGACCGAGCGGCGGGAGCUGCGCGGUUUCAGGUCAAGGAGCCCUCGAGGCAGAGCGCGGAGUAGAAACGCGGCGCGGAGACUCGUCGAAUCCCCGAAGCCGCAGUCGCUUUCUCCGCCGCUCGCUGGACGGGCAAGCCUUCCUUCUCGCACGCAUCAGACUCUUGUGUCGAGGAGAUCCGAGCCCUGCGGAGGCGUCGCGUGGGCACCUCAACGCGCCUCUGCCUUCGUGCGAUGCCGCUCAGCUCGCGGCGGAAAUCGUCGUUUGCUUUCGGGGGCUCGCGGGUUCGCUGCACCAGCACGCCCUCGGCGCAGGUCGCCGUGUGAUUUGCACCGCCCUGAAGAGAGGGAGGCUGUCCGCGGGAUUCGAGUGGCACCCGCCUGCCUGUGGAAACUUCCCUGUCGCCGAAUCCGCAGCGCCUGCAUCUCAGGCUGAGGCACGGACGCGCGAGAAGAGCGAGCCGAUGGAGUCUGCUACAGGCGUCGAGAGCGGAUGGAGAGGAGGGACAGGGGGAGGAGGGAGAGGCUUGAAGAAAGCGCGGAGUGGACGCGCCGGCGUAUUCUCCGAGGCGCUCUCCGCAGCCCGCCAGCCGGCCGCUGAGUUCCUUCUCGCUCAGCUGGCUCGACUCUCUCUGCGCGUUGAUGGAGGUGUCUGGCUCUGUCUCGUCUCCCCGCCGUCUCCGGCCUUCCUCCUCUCUCCUCCCUGUUCCCUCUCUGCCUUCUGGCUCGCCUUUUCGGGCUCUUGGGGCGACGCAGGGAGACUGAUUUCUGCAGCCGCGCGCCUCCCUCGUCUCCGCUCCGCUUCCCCUCCACCCUGCCAGACGAGCCAGAGUCAUCCUCUGGCGUUUCUGGGCCCCGGCUCGCGCCUGAGGCUCUCGCGACAGCACCUCCUCUCGCGGCUCGUCGGGCAGAGCGCCUCCAUUAUUCGGUGGAGGCUGAGAUGCCUUCGUGACGAGGAAGAUGCCGCGGCGGCUGACGCGGAAGAUGAAUUAGGCGGCCUGCGAGAGGCAGGAGACCUCACCAGGGUCUGCUUCAGCGGAUCGCGGACUGCAGAACGCGGCUUCGGCGACUAUUUCCUCCCGCUCGCUCUAGUCAGCUGCGGCGACGGUGGCGUCGAAGCAACAGUCCCCCGCGCCCUUCCCUCUGCCGCCUUUUCGCCUUCGCCCUCUCCUCCCUCCGCGCCCGCGGCUUCGCCUUCUGGCUCGCCGUGUCUCCUUGAAGGGUACCCCGAGGUGUUUCCUCCAUCCGCGCGACUGGUCGCCUGCGCGGAAAUCCUGCAGCGCUACCGCGCCGAGGGCGACCUUCGGCUCCAGAUGACGCUUGACGACGAACUGUACGAUGCGUGCCUUUCUGCUGCGCAGCUCGCCGACUCGCGGCCCGUGCGCAGCGCUUGCGACUCCUGCUACGCUUCGCCGUCGCCUUCCUCUCCUCGCGCUCCCGCGCGUUCGUCCUCGCCUUCUGCGCCGCCAGGGCGCGCGUUGCCGGCAGCCCCAGUCGAGCUUCGUGCUGGAGAAAGACGGCUCUGCAUGCAAGGCGGCUGGGAGGUGGGCGUCGGCGCCGGCGACUCCGAACUCGAAGCCAGUGGCGCGUCGAGCCUCAAAGGGCGCGCUCGCGGCUCUGCGCAGAACGCGGAGACGCCGCACCAAGGAGAGAUGGCAUUGAAGAAGAGGAGGCAGACUGGAGAGGAAGAAGCGGCACAUGUCCCACACGAGGAAGCAGACAAGCACGCGACGGCGAAGAGAAGAAAGAGCGGCAACGAGCGCCAGCGCACGCGCAGCGCGUCUCCCUGUGCUGCAUCUACAGAUCUGAUAGAGCUUUUGCCGGGUGCCGCGGAUUCUCGCGUUUCCCCGAGGAAGCCUGUCCUCUCGAGACUGUGCGUCCGCCACGCUUUGGCAGCUCAGGAGGCUCUGAGAAAGUUUCCCCUUGCCUGGCUCACCGCAUCCCCCAGGGCGACAGUGCUUCUUCCUCUUUCUGUGCUCGCCGAGACCUGGGACUUGGAGUCCUCGCGCGAGAAAAUCAGUCGAUCACCAGUCGCUGCGACGGCCUCUCCUCCGCCGCGCCUGCCUCGCUCUGUUGCCUGCGGCUUCCCUUCGCUUGCGGCAGCGAUCUCGUUAGCUCGUGACUCGGGCUCGCCUCCUUCAUUGCCCUCUCUCGCCGCGCCGCUGUCGUCUCGGCCGCCCUCCCUCGCGCUGCCCUUUGUCUCGCUCUCUGACGAGCUGCUUCUUCUUCCGCACCUUGCCACCUGCAGUUUGACAGGGCGCAGUCUAUCGCAGCGCGAUCUGACUGCGCCGUGGAGGCCUCUCGCGCCCGCGGAGUGUAAAGAGCUAGCAGCGACGCCUGCGCUGUCCUCGCUGGCGCGACAUCCAGGUGCGCGCGGCGAGCCCAACAGGCGGCUGGCUAGCGGGAGGAUCUGCGCAGCCUCUUCCAGCCUUUCGCCCUCUGGCGAUGACGCAGAGCUGGCUGAAGCCUUCUCUCUCGCGCUCUUCGCGAUCGGCCUCCGGGGAGCACGCGCCGCGCCGCUCGCCGCCUCCCAGCUGACGCCUUCAGCGCCAAGCGAACCACCGGAGGCCGUGGGGCGUCCAUUCGCUGUGAGAGGGGACUUUACGGCUGACGCCUGUUCGCGGCGUGAACUGUCCCGGUGCUGUCCCUUCCCUCCUCUCUCAGGUUCAGAUGCCUCGUGGCCGCAGCCCACCAGCUCCACUACCUCCUCGCGCCGCGCUGACGAGCAGCCCCUGCUCUGUCCUCUCUCCUCCUAUUCGCAGCCUCCUGCGCGCUGCCUCUGCGCCGACGUCCUGCGCCGGCUUCUGCUCCUCCAGUGGAGCGAAGCCGUGAAGCCGUCCCUCAGGCUUUUCUCCGCAGUCCUCGCCAGCGGCGGGUGUCGUUCGGCUUAUAUUCGGAGAACGGGCGCCGAUGGCGCGGCGCAAGAGACCUCGGCCGCCUCGCGUCUCUCCGCCGCCGCGAGAGAAAGGCGAGAGGGCGUCGUUGCGGAGACGGAGUUGCGUGGCGGCAGGGGAUGCGGGGAUGCGGGAGAUGCAGGAGACGCAGAUGCCGAAGAGGCCAAGGCGCGACGGGCGCCAGGGAGGGGGGACGACGGGUUUGUCGCCUGCUUGGCGCGUGUACUGCGCGAGGCGGAGGCCUUCCCCGGCUUUCUCGGAGAGCGGUACCUGAGUGAAGCGGUCGCGGCGCUGCAGGCGGAAGAAGAGCGAGAAGCCGCCGAGGACGGCGGACGAGAGAAAAAAACACAAAGUCGCCGGGCCUCUCUCCGGUUGGCGCGCCUUCGGCGGCUGCCGGCUCCUGCGCCGCCGUAUAGACCGCUGCAGACGUGGCUGCUCGCGAAGAAGCCGAGACUCGAGUGCAGCUCGACAGGGAGAGGAGAGGCGGAAGAAGGAGAGACUUCAGGCUGCAUGCGUGACAGCACGCAGCAGAGGGGUGAUAAGACGCCGACGGGGGCAGUAUCAGAAGCAUCUACGCGAGCCGCAAACGCGGACAGGAAAGAAGACCUCGCCGGUGGCAGCUCUCGCAUACCCUUGCUCUCCAGCGCGCCGCGCGCGAGCUCGCUGGAGCUUCCUACUGUUGAAAGGCGGGCGCAUCCGCGGAGCAUGUCCGCAAAGCUCCAAUCUCAUCGGGUGCUGCGGGGGAGGCCAAAGAGCUACGGCGCCGACAGCCGCCUUCUGAGGCGUCUCGUCGGAAUCCACUUCCUCUUCCCGCGCGCCUGA